AUGUCCACGAACACCUCCGACGCCGACUUGAUCGCCGACGCUGCGUUGCUCCCGCUUGAGCCGCUGCCCAUCCCGGAUGGCACGGCUGGCGGCGGCACCAACAACUCGAAGGCCGACCCGAUGGACAACAACAAGGGGUCUUCCGCGAACGCAAGUGGUGACGAGGCGAUGGACGCCGGCGACGAGCGCGACAACAACAAUGCGGAUCACGACGGCGAAGACGACGAAGACGGCGACGCGAAGGGGGAGGAGAAGGGCGACAACGCCGACAUGGAAAUGGUCGACGACGCCCCCGGCAUUCCCACACCCGACCAGAACAUCGGCACCACGUCCGGGCAGACGCCUUCGGGCGAGCAGCGCCCAGCACUUCACGGCCAAGUCGAGGUGCGUGGGCUGAUCCUCCGUCCGUACCAUGACCAAGACACUCCCAGCCUGACUCCACUGGAGGCACUCCUGAAUUCGCUCGUCGCUCGCCGUGAGUUUGCGUCGCUCCUCAUGCAUUUCCCCGUCCAUCAACUCACCCAGAAGGGCUUCUACACAGUCUCCACGAUUCGCCAUCUCCUCGCCCGAGAUCGUCAGCGUCAGGCCGUCUUCGACGAUAUCGACGGGGAGUCUUCUGCGGCCGAGAUCCUCCAGCUCCGGACAAAAUACGACCAGCUCAAGCGCGACGUUGUCUUCCUCGACGAGUACUACCGGCAGCAGCUCAAGUCUGCCAAGGAAGAUUCGGCCGGAAGCGGGGCCAUACUGGACGACAACUUCCGACGUCUGGCCAAGGAAAACUUGGAGGAGACUUCAGCUCUUCCGGGGAGAGUGGAUGAGCUGGAGACUCAACUGGCGUAUGCGAACACGCAGAUCGUCCACCUCCAGCGUUCCGCCCAGGAAACGCGUUUCGACGCGGCCGGACUGAUGGACUUCCUGAACUCCAGAGGGACUGAGGUGCGAGGCAACUGGUCACGUCUUCGCAAGCUUUUCCGUCGUUUCCAGAACGGGACCAUUCCGCCCGGGAGCUGGCGAACCUGGAUCUCUGUGGAGGCAGUUGACAGGCCCUACCGUAUGUAUCCUCCGUACCCGGGCCCGCUCCUGGACGAGAGUGAUGACGACGAGGGUGGUGCUGAUGGUGACGCUCAGGAGGAGAAGGCUGAGGACAACUCUCCUCCGGCCAGUGUUCCAGUCGCGACUCCGCCCAGGCGCACACAGCAAUCUUCGCCGGGGUCAUCCAAGUCGGGGUCCGGCCGGGGUUCUUCGUCCAAGAAGGCCAAGGUUGUCCAACGUCGUCCCAGUGUCCACCCGGAAUCGCACGUCGGUCCUCGUCCGUCAAGGUUCCCGUUGAGGCUCUCGGUGCAGGAGGCCUGCGCUCUCCUCCCGGAGUUCAUCGCUUGGCAAGAUCUCCGGCCAGACGUCCAGUGGACUAUGCGCUCUGGGGUGAAUUAUCACGAGGCUGUCAAUACUCUGGGCAUGGAUCGAGUUGGCCACGGCCACUUCCACCGGGACUCGCUCCUCAAGAUGUUGGCAACCAUGAUGUACCACCGUAAGCUGGACGAGACACCCUGGGCGAAAUACGUCCCCGUUUCAUACUACAGGAUGACCGAGGUUGUUUUGGACGAUUGGCUUGACAAGGAUUCGUCCGAAGAUGACAAGGCCACCGACCCGGACUGCAACAACGGUGAUGCAGUCGAUGAAGACGACGACGACGACGAAGGUGACGCGGUCGAAGUGGUCAAGGUCACGCCGACUCCGGCCGAGAAACAUGAUGCUGAGGGUGACGAUGGAGACAGCAGCAGCAGCAGUACUGACGACGAGCCUCCCCGGAAACCCAAGCGUAAAGCGUCUUCCCAGAGAGUGCGGUCUUCGUCAGAUUCCUCGUCCGAGAGUGCCAGCAGCGUCAAGCCCAAGAAGUUCACGUAUUCUCCUUCGCCCAAGCGUCCCCGUCAGUCUCGUUCUGGUUCUACCUCGGGCAAGAAAUCUGGCAGCCUGCGUUCCCGGGCGAGGGCUGAGCUAGAAAAGCGCAAGUCACCUCUCGCCCGAAAGAAGUACGAUGAGCUGACUCCGGCCGAGUUGGCCAUGAUCGAGCAGCCGACCAAAGGUGUCCUGUCGUGGCGUCGACGUGGUAUCCUGAGCCAGUUCACGCCCAAGAAAAAUGGCCACGAGAACCAGACGCCCGGCUUUCCGGAGCACUGUCCGUACAAGGGUGAAGGUGGCCUGGAACGUCUCUGCGCGCGCUGGCCUGUAGUUAAAACGGAGUAUGAGCUGAUCGUGGCCGCAAAACCCUGGGAGGAGAUGUUCCGGAAUCGGGUCAAGGUCUUCCAUUUCCACAGACGCUCGGAACUUCCGGCCGGGUCGUUCAAGUGGAUCGACGAGUACCUGCGCUACGUUCGAGAUCACGCCGAGGUCUUCUGGUACAUGCUCCACUGGUUCUCCAUCAAGAUCAAGGCGGCCAAGGGUGAGCCCGUCGAUCCGCUCAAGUAUCUCCUGGCGAACACACUCUACGAGAGACGUCGUGAGCUGCACGAGAACAUCGGUCGUGGCAUGGAGGAUCGUGUCAAGCGCUUCAUCAAGAAAGGAGUCCCUGCGUCUGUCUUCGAAGAGCCCGGCGUUUGGGUUUACCCGGCCAAGAUUUGCUACAUGUACUUGACCGACCCGUCCACGUUGAACGCGCAAGGUGACCCGUACAGCCUGGCCGAGCAGAUCGAGAUGGCAGAGCGAGCGGAGCCCAGCCGGACUCAGUGGUCGUAUUACUGCACGGACUCCGACCGGACGGCCCAUGUUUCGCACGACCUUCGCCUCCGCGAGCUCUCGCCCGAGGAACGCGCGGCUAACCCUAUCUCGCACACAGUGGAGUAG